CUGUUUGGAAUUUAAUUAAGUAUCUGAUCAACCGGAUCCGUACAAAGCAACUGAUUUCUUCUGUUUAAGGACAGCUUCUCCAUCCACCAGGCAAAAUGUGCACAGGGGCAUGCUCCAAGUUUAUUGCCAUCCCUCUCUAUGUCCUGGCUCUGGUGUCAGUCAUCUGCAACAUCAUCCUCUUCUUUCCUGACUUCAGUACUGAUUAUGCAAGUUCAGACAGCAAAAGUAACCCAAUGCUCACAGAAGAAGUGAAAUAUAUGGGAGGCUUUAUUGGAGGAGGAAUCAUGAUCCUUAUUCCUGCCAUUCACAUUCAUCUGACAAGUACAAAGGGCUGCUGUGCCAACCGCUGUGGGAUGUUCCUGUCCAUUGGGUUUGCUGCGGUUGGUGUGGUGGGAGCCAUUUACAGUUUGGCCGUUGCAGCUGUGGGUCUUCAAAAUGGGCCAGCCUGUAGAUAUAGGGCAGAUAAUGGCAAUGAAAUAUGGGGAAGACCCUUUAUAAACAGUUCUGGAGAGUACCUGGGAAACAAGAGCACUUGGGACACGUGUUUGAUACCAGAGAACGUGGUUGAAUUCAACUUGGGGUUGUUCUCCACUCUGCUGGUGGCCGCCGCCCUGGAGGCCGUCCUCUGUGGCUUCCAGAUGAUCAACGGACUGUUCGGCUGUAUCUGUGGAACCUGCUCUGAUAAGGAUAAGGAUUAAAGCAAAGCAGAUCAACUUCAUACCAUGACUUCUAGACGAAGACCUGAGAGAGAUUUAUCAUCAUCACUGUCAGCAUGCACCAAUAUGUUUCUCUUUUCCAUAAUAUUUAAGACAAUAGUGUACGCUUAUCUGGCAACACGACAGGUUUGCUGUUUGUGCUUUGAAUAUGCCUUACUAAUAUGGAUUCGUCAAGAGGAUUGACUGGGAUUACUGCCGAUUGUUUGUUUUGUUUGUGUUUCUUCAAAAAUUAAAAUAUUAAAUUUCAUCUCGGAUACAUUAUGUACUUGAGCAUGUAAAGUUGUUAUUCAUGUUUUGUAAUAA